AUGAUCAAGUCGGCAUUAUCUUCUACUUCUGAAUUGGGCUCGUUUCAUGAACAUCCGCAACUUCAGAUGUUCGCACGAUUACGAAAGCAUAUGAACAACGUCCAAAAGAAGUGGGGCCCUCUCAUGGCUGCCAAAAUCGAUCUGGACGACGAAUACAAUUUCCCUCAGGGCCCAUAUGCUGGCCAAGGCAUUCCUCAGAAGAAGUUCAAGCAUUGGUGA